AUGUCUUCCGCCAACGCAGGGACGGUCUCCGAUGCGAUCAAGCAUGACCACGCGGAGCUGAAGGAAUACUAUCACAACAUCCUGAGUGCAAAGGAUGAUGACUCGAAAAUUCGUUGGCAGAAUCAGUUCGCUUGGGAGUUGGCCCGUCAUUCGAUUGGAGAGGAAAUUGUCGUGUAUCCAGCCAUGGAGAAACAUAUGGGUGAAGAAGGGAAGCAUCUAGCACAGAAAGACCGAGAUGGGCAUAACAAGGUCAAGGAACUCUUAUACAAGUUCCAGGGCUUGUCUCCCUCGGACAAAGAGUUCGAACCAACCAUCAAGUCGCUCUGGGACGUGCUAGGCAAGCACAUCGAAGAAGAGGAGACCGACGACCUGCCCAAGCUCGAGAAAGCGAUAGCAGAUGGCAAUUCGUCGCAAAUGGCCAAAAGCUUCGAGAGAACCAAGAUGUUCGUGCCGACGCGCAGCCAUCCUUCGGCGCCAGACAAGCCUCCCUUCGAAACCGUCGCCGGACUGCUGGCCGCGCCGUUGGACAAGCUAGGCGACAUUUUUCGACGUUUCCCGCAGUAA